AUGGGAGACGUUGAGACUGAGGCAAAGACCCGCCUGAAGAGAACGAGGACAGGGUGUUUCAAGUGCAGGGUACGAAGACGGAAGUGCGAUGAAGGGAAACCUUCGUGUCAACGUUGCGUUGAUGGAGGGUUCGAGUGUCAAUAUGGAACCAAGCUGUCAUUUCUUCAAAAGAAUGCGAAGACGUCUUCGGGUCCCCGUAACGCAAAACAAUCGUAUGCUAAGCUGAGGUUUGUUGUGCCAGAAACAGCAACAAAGUCUGGUAUACACGCACAUCAUAACGAAUCCACCUUGAGCGAGGCUGAGAAGACAGAGUGUUCAUCUAUAGAGGUAGAUACAACUGUUGCUACGCGCAAGAUUCAACAAACAACCCCACCCGAGCCGCCUGCUCUGCUUCCGUCGCCAGCGAUAAUCAGUCCCAGCAUCGAAACUUAUGUCACAUCUCCUCAAGCCCCUUCUCAUAGUCUACAAGACUCUGUAGACUUCAAUCUCGUCAUUUCACCCUCCAAUGCAGCGUAUGAAACUGCCCUCGACGGACUCCUCGCUCUUGGUAACGACCACUAUGUAUCCCCUUCAGCACCUACAGUGUCUCAAACCGGCAUCAAUGGGGGACUGUUUGGACAACUUCCACAGAAUGUGCAACUCGAAGUGAGAGAUCAGCCUCGUGAAUAUGCUUUCCCCAAUUGUCUUCAUAUGCCACAGGAUCGUGCUGUUGAGCUACUACGACAUUACAGAUACAAUAUUGCGCCUUGGCUUGAUAUCAGCGAUCCUGACCAGACAUUUGGGUUGUUUGUCCCACGCGUUGCUAUGGACUCUAUUUCUGUUCUCGACUCUGUCCUCUCCCUCACUUUGGAAACUCUUGGAGAUGGUACCCAGCUCGAUCUAAAUGAGCAGCCCUUGCUACCUGAUACAAGCACUUCCAGCAUCGAAAUUCUUUGCCGCGUCCUGGUCUUCACCUUUACCACCCUCCGCCGACAGUUCGCCACACAACCAACUUCCUGGUUAAGCCCGUCCAAGAGCACAGACUAUGAGACAAUCAACUCGACUCCUUUCCAAUUACAUCACCCUGCCGCCGCGCUAGCUGUGUCUUGGAUGAUCCUACGCCUGGGUGUUUCUGUCGGUCUUAUGAACGGCUCUUCAGUCCCUAUACCCUGCAUCGUCUCUCGCGAAGUUUCUUCACCUAUGGGCAUUCUGAGUAGAGAACCACACAGAUGCGGGCGAGAGCCUGUUCUUUUGUGUGGCGAAGUCCUCAAUUAUUGCUUCGGGGGUGAUAUUCAGACUGAUCCUGACACAAUCCGCCUUCCGGCCGCCCACAGAUGGAAAGGAUUUUCUGAAGCUCUUCAUAAGUGGUACUCAAACCGCCCCCCAGACUUCAAACCCAUGCUCGAGACUGAAGACGGCGAACAACUCUUCCCUCUGGUGCUCUUUACCAAUGGGGCAGCAAUCUUGGCAAACCAGCUGUACCAUACGUCGAUGCUGUUGCUUCUACUGAAUCGGCCACGUACCCUCCCGAAGGAGCAUGGCCGAAACAUCUAUCUGUCGCCGCUGUGGCAUGCUCAGCGAAUCUGUGGUAUCAGCCUGAAUAAUGACACGCGGACCAACUGGGACUUUAGCUUGCUGGCGUCUUUUUAUUUUGCUGCUAAGCGGAUGACCUAUGAACCCCAGCAGCACGCUAUUCUGCGUGGAAUUGACCGCAUUGGGUCGUUGACAGGAUGGAACGUGAACUCAUUAUCAGCGCAACUCAUGCAUGAGUGGCAGCCAGACUGA